GGCAGCGAACUCUCUCCGCGUCACUUUUUAAAAUAAAUCCCUCCAAUCCCUCUCGCCGUUCCUUUUAAAACAGCACAACUUCCCGCUGCGCCUUUAUACCGAGAGCCUGGUCUGUUCUGAUGCCUUUGUGCUACAAAGAUUAAGGCAAUGAUACAGAGCAGCAGAAUAAGAUAUGGGGGUAUGGACCAGCCAAGUCCCGAAUUGUGCCGAAUCCAGCUUUUCCCAGUCCCAGGAUUUUAGGGAACAGGUUAUUUGGAGCCUGCCGCUUGUAGGAGCCCUCCCAGUUCUCAGUCCCAGCAGAACAUGAUGGCUGUGUCACGUUUCAAUGGUUAUUCUCUCCCACAUGUUUACCCCAGGGAGGGGGGUGCUGAGCACAGCGUGGCACCAUCGCCCCUGCUCAAACAACACUUCGGCCACUCACUAAAAGUCAGCCCUUCAGCCAGUCUGUCCCCAGACUACCCUGGGAGUUCAGUGCCGCCCUGUGUCACUUACCCAGCCCCCUACAGCCCCUACGCGGGGUUCGGUGUUCCCGGCUUAGGGAAUAGCCGGCGGGAUUUUAUAGCGGGCUCCAUGCCUGGGCCAGCGGCCCCGCACUGUUCCGCCCCUCCCCAGCACAGCGUCUUUGUCCCGGCCACAAGAGGGUACCCCGCCCGCAGUGGGCACGGGGACAGCGGCGUGGCCGAGCAGAGGUUCCGGGGCGCCUCGGCCACGCGGAGUGUCAGCGAGCAGGUACCCCUGGGAAUAGCAGGGGGUUUCCUGAACCCCUCACUCCACUGUCAGCAUGUGACAGCACCCAGGGCUGAUCACUAUCUAACACCCCUCCUUCAAACCUACAACCAGAUUCACCUGAACGCCUCUGGCUCCAGUCACGGCGGCACCGGCCCGUUUUAUAAAUACCUGAAACAAGCCAUCAAGCGGGAGCUGGUCUGUAAGUGGAUUAACCCGGGACCCGCAGCCGGGAAAUGCUGUUCCACGACCUUCAGCAACCUGCAGGAGCUAGUCUCCCAUCUCACAGUGGAACAUAUUGGGGGAAGUGAGCAGCCGCCUUAUGUCUGCUUCUGGGAGAACUGUCCCAGGGAGGGCCAGGCUUUCAAAGCCAAAUACAAGCUGGUUAACCAUGUGAGGGUCCACACGGGAGAGAAACCCUUCCCCUGCCCGUUUGCCGGCUGCCAGAAAGUGUUUACCCGAUCGGAAAACCUGAAGAUCCAUAAGCGGACCCACACAGGGGAGAAACCGUUCAGGUGUGAGUUCGAAGGAUGUGAGAGGAGGUUCGCAAACAGCAGCGAUCGCAAGAAGCACUCGCACGUCCACACAAGCGACAAGCCGUACACCUGUAAAGUUAAAGAUUGUCACAAAUCUUACACGCAUCCAAGUUCUCUUCGCAAGCACAUGAAGCUGCACUGCAAGCCGAGCCUCACCUCGACCUGCGGAAUGUCAUAUUCGGACACAGAGAGUGAGGUGCCAGCCGGGCCUGAGCUGUUAAACAGAGCCAAAGAUCAGGCUCCCUCCCCGCACUGGUCCCGGCCCGGGGACAACGCUACCCCGGCAACAGCAGGCAAACUGGCUCUAUUGGUCGGGGCUGGGCAUGAGGACAGAGCUGACCAGGCCGUCACCGAGAUCAGACCCAGCGUUGGACUAGCGCCGGUGCCCACAGACAGAGCCCGGGAGAAGGUUGAUCAGGUGCCAGAAACACUAGCUCAAUCCAUCAGGCCCUUUGUGAGUGGGACAGACACAGCUUUCAGCAAACCGUCCCUCAGCUUGGCCGAGUGUAGCAGCGGCCAGCUGACCCCAGCUCAGGCUGACCAGGCUUUAGUCUCAACGUGCCUGCAGGCCGCUAACUGGCCGGACAGUGUCCUGAAUGUACCGCCUUUGGCUCGCUCCGAUUUCAGGAUGGACUCUAUCUCAACCCUCCGACCUGCUGCGUCUCCCUCUCAGCGACCUGAAGGCCCGUUCCCCGCAACCCAGAUCGGGGCUACUCGGGGCGGCCUGCAGACCAGGAGUCAGGCUCCAGCCGGGCCCCUCCUGAACACCUGGUACACCUGUCAGCGGAGAAACAGCAGGACUCCGAGCCACGCGUGUACCGCUGCUGGGCAAACCGAGCAAGCUGUGAGACCGCUGAAGUACACAGAGAGCUGACCUGCUCCAGCCUGGGCUGAAGGCACUGCACCGAGAACAGAACCAUUACCGGGAAGCUUGGCCUGAGCCUGGCCUUGUAAAUGACUGAGAUUCUCAACAGCACCGUCCCACCACACAAAUUCUAAAUCGCAGCGGUGUGACAUUGUGAGUUUACAUUAGGAAAUAGGGAAAGGGCACUCUGUCAUCUUAACUCCUGCAGUAUCUGUGUGUCCCUGACUGUGGCCGUGAACGGCGUGGUGCAUGUUCUGGACUGAAAGUGGUCAUCAUUCUCGCUGAAUUUACGACAAAUAUAUAAACCGGUGUGGAAUAAUAAAUGCGCUCGGGGAAUUCAUUCGGAGUGACUGCUUAAAUAUUGCUGUGAUGUUUGUUCAGCCUGUUCACGGCCAGCGAGUUACUGAAUGGCCUUCAGAGGGCCAUCACCGCAAGGCGUUUCGGUGUAACCCACCCUCCCCACCCUCAGGUUCGGCCUGACCUCCUCACACAGCAGCCGCUUAACCCCCAGGCUGCUGCCUCCUGCUAUAGGAACAACCGGCUCAAUUUCAUUUUUUUUAUCCUUCUGCGUGAUCUGUUCAUAUUAGCAUAGUUUAUCUGACCUCUCUCUUUCUCAUUGGUGAUUCUUUUCAUCAGAAAUGCUGUGUGUGCCGUGUAACCCAAUGCUGCUCAGGGGCGGUGAUGUCCUUUUA